AUGCUAAUUAAAUUUAACUUGCUACUAAUUGCUUUGGUAUGCAGCUGGGCAGCGGCGGAUGAACCGUACUUUGUUUCUUUGAAAACCACCGAGACCUUGGACAAUUUCAUGGAAUAUGAUCGUAAAUACCCCAAACACCUCCAAGUGCAAGAUCGUAUAAACUCCUUGGUCUCAAUUGGUGACUUUAAAGGGUUUGCUGGAAAUUUCUCCAAGGAAGUGAUUGACAGAUUGAAGCGGUGUCCAUUGAUUCAAGAUAUAACAGAAGACUUGACUUUUAAAAACUUGGAGUAUGAAAUUCAGGAUGAUGCUCCCAGACAUUUGGCUCGCGUUAGUAGAAGAAAGCGGUUAAGGCCAAAUAAACAAUAUCCUUAUAUAUACGACAAUCAAUUUAUGGGUCAAGGAGUAAUUGCGUAUGUGAUUGACUCUGGAGUUGAAGUGAACCACCCCGAAUUCGAGGGUCGCGCUUCAGCAGGAAUUGAUUUCACCAAUGAAGGUUCUGGAGACACAAACGGGCACGGCACUCAUGUUGCGGGGUUGAUUGGUUCGGCAACAUAUGGCGUGGCAAAGAAUGUGAACAUUGUUGAAGUCAAAGCUUUGAAUAGCGAAGGGGCUGGUUCUUUGAGUACUGUUCUAUCGGCAAUUGAUUUUGUAGUCAACCAUCGUAUUGAAUCUGGCAUGAAGGGGGUAGCUAAUUUGUCAUUGGGUGCAUACAAGAACCAUGUAUUGAACAAGGCAAUUGCACAUGCCACUAAAACUGGACUUUUGUUUGUUGUUGCGGCAGGUAAUUCCAACAUUGAUGCCUGCUUGACCAGCCCUGCAAGCUCAAAGUAUGCCAUCACAGUGGGGGCCAUAGAUGAUUAUAACGACUCUGUAGCAGGGUUUUCAAAUUGGGGCAAAUGUGUUGACUUGUUUGCCAGCGGUGCAUUUGUGGAAAGCGUCAAUGCAAAAAACCCUAGUAUGUCGCUGGUUUUAUCUGGCACUUCAAUGGCAUCACCCAUUGUCACUGGCAUGGUCGCAAAUUUGUUGAGCGAAGGUGUAGUCCCCUCACAAGUGAAACACAAGUUGUUGAAGAUGGCAGCCAAGAACCGUAUAACAAAGUCGUCACUAUUUUUGAGAAAACAUACACCAAAUAGAAUCGUGUACAAUGGUGUCAAGGAGAAAGCCCUUUUAGCGGAAAAAUUGAGCCAAGAUGAGGGUGAUGAGGGUGAUGAGUAG